AUGUCACUCAGCCAGAUCAAAGAUGACUUGGCAGAGGCACGAGAGAUCUGCCGGAGUAACCUGGUCAAACAGGUCAUGAUGGACAAUCAGAUCGCCACAUCGUUCGGCCUUCGACUCUGCUUGUCCACCGAAAUUCCUCUCAUUGCGAAGCGAGCUGGGUACUCGGCUGUACUCAUGAACCUUGAACAUGCACCGAUUGGCAUCGAGACCAUGAGAGAUGUCUCUGUCGCUUGCCUGAACGUCGGCAUCACGCCCAUGGUUGUAGUGCCUACUUGCGAAGCUCAGUGGAUAUCUCGAUGUCUUGACUCUGGUGCCCAGGCCAUCGUGGUACCGCAUGUCAACAACGUUGAAGAAGCCCAAGUCUGCGUCAAUGCAGCAAAGUAUCCACCGCUGGGUCGCCGGUCAUUAACCAUGGCUCAGCCUAUAAUACAGUACACGACACACAUUCCAUACCAGCUUGUCGCACAAGUUAUCAACGACAAUGUCAUGAUAAUGCCCAUGAUUGAGAACGUGGAAGGUGUCUCAAAUGCAGAAUCCAUUGCAGCUGUCCCUGGAGUCGAUGCUCUAUUUAUCGGCUGCGCAGACUUGACGACGGACCUGGGUAUCGCUGGCCAAUACGAUACGGACGAAUUUCGCAAGGCUAUAGACACCAUAUCUAUAGCUGCCCAGAAUGCCAGUGUCAAUGGCCGCAAGGUCUUUGUCGGGCUCGGUGGCUUAGAGGGGAGGCCAGAUCUUCUCGAAACAUUUGCCCAGCAGUAUUCCAACAUACGCUUUGCCAUGGCUGGCCGUGACCUUUCGAUAUUGGCGGCUGGUAUGUCGAGACAGGUCGAAUCCAUUCGCGAUAUUUCCUCCCGUAUACAAGGUGGCGAGAUCAACAAUUAUGUCAUAGACCCCAUCGCUGCUCAAUAG